AUGUCUGAGCAACGUCGAAAGGUAGUACCAGCACAACUGGGCUUUCUAGCCAUCUACAACCCUUCCUUAGGAACUACCGAUGAUACACUCGAUAACCAAAUUGCAUAUUAUUACCCCUCGAUCAAGCAAAAUGGACACAAAAGAGGGGCUUCUAAGGAUACAAAAGAGGCGCGUGCGUUUGCGAAAGAGCAAAAGAAUGAACAGUUAAGGCAGAUUGGACUUGCCCAGGGAAUGGUAGAAUUCGGAAGGAGUUUUUCUGAGGGUAAAUCUGUGGAUACUAUAGAGACUGAGAAGUCUCGUAUCAUUCUCCAUGAAUUGGAAUCUGGCUGGUGGAUACUGGCUUCAAUCAAUCUCACCAUAUUGCCAGGCACAAAAAAGAUACCGGCUACCAAAGGCAAACCUGCCGAAGAACAGGACACUAUCGAAUAUUCUUCUCGAGAAGUUAAACCCGCGAUAUUACUCCUUGGAGAUAUUUUACGAGCGCACUCAACUUUCCUCCUCCAUCAUGCCUCUUCAAUGAGUGCCCUUUUUGUUCGAACAAGACGUUCCAAAUUUGUGAGCAUCCUGGGUAGAUAUUGGGAUACAUAUCUUUCGACAUGGAAUGUGCUUAUGCAUGGUAAUCCUGCGAAUAAUUUAUAUGGUGGAAUAAAAGUUGCUGCAUGUGGAGAACUUGGCGUAGGGGUUGGGGAAGAAGAACGAGGUAGUGGUGAAAGAGAAGUUCUCGAAGGGUUCGUUGGACAAAUGGAUGGACUUGUAGAUGUGAUAGUUUCAAGAUUUGGAGAUGCACAAUCAAGUCUGAAAGACGACGCCAAUAAAGGAUUUACAGAUCAAAGGUCGAAGCAAUCUGCUCCUUGGUUAGGUUCUGGUGAUGAACCUGCCACAGAAGACGGUGCAAUUUUCCUUGGUACUGGAGCUUUGUCAAGGAAAUCACUAAGAAAUAUUUCACAUUGGGUUGAGGAUCUUUAUAGAUGGGGUCCAUAUGCUUAUGGGGUCAUUGACAAUCCUUCUUCUACUCGUCGCGCGAAGAAGCCACCUAAGCCUAAGCCAAGAGUUGAACCAAAACUCAAGGAUGCAAAGAAUGCUGCUCGACCAACAUCUAGUCUGAGUAAGGAGAUACCAAUUUAUGAUGGCUCUCAUGACGGACCUGAACCUAGUCGGUCGUCGAGUAUUAAUGCAACCGAGCUUCGACAACUCAUGGAAGAAGAUAGUAAGGGUGAUCGAGCCAAAUCCAAAUUCAAAUCCCCACGUCCACCGCCUCAUAGAAAUCCUGCAAGUCAUACCAGUACUGAAGGCACUGAGGUUACAGACGGCGAAUCAAAGGGUAACAGGUUUUCGCAAUACUUGAAGUUCGGUUACGGAACUCAUUGGUCUCUAGGUGGGACUACAGCAAAAGAAAGCAAACCCCUGACUGCCUCGACCACUCCUAUUCCUCCAAUCGAUGGAACGAUUGACGCAACUGAAGGAUCAGUACAAACAGUUGAAUUUGAUGACUCUAGAGGGCAUUAUCUAGUAGGUCUAAUGGGUGAUAUGGAAGCUGAAAUAGACCUACUCACCGAUCUUAACGCCGAAGGUGAAGAUAUCGAAGGAAAAAAUGAACGACUUGUACUUCGUACAUUGACAGUAGAAUUGGAACGCGAAGAAGAUGCUCGACAAGAAGCUGAUAUCAGCAUUGAUUAUUCCGACUUUGGUUCAUCAAUCAGACGCACCAGUGAUUCCGAACGUACCGGCACUUCCAACGCUUCAUUCGAGAGUCAAGAUCGAAAUAAAGCGAGAAAAUUAAGAGUAGUGGCUUAUGCAAGCAAACCUUUCAUCUUCAUUUUUCUCUUUGAAUUACGAGCAGAUUCUCUAGCAUUACAAGGUCUAUAUCGAUCUCUUCAUAAACAACUUCAAUCUCUCAUCAAACCACUUCUCAAAUCUACAUCUUUUCGCGCACCCAAACCCGAUGUUUCUAUUUCUCCUUUAGCCAGUACAAGCAACCCAACAGCGCCUGUUUACGAUCUUCUUUGGGACCCUAAAACUCUUACCAUUAACUCAAAUAUCCCUAAUAUUCCCGAUCCUCAACAAGUCCAAACACAAGAACAAGCAAAUCGUCUCCCUUGGUCUCGCGUUGAAGCUUUGAACACUCACCUUCAAAUCCUCCAUACAUAUAUCGCAACUACUACUGAUAUAAAUACACUAGAACGGACAGCUAAAACAUCAAGAGGAUAUUGGAUUCUUUGGACACGCAUUCCCUCACCCCCAGAACCAACACCGAAUACAAAUUCAAAAGUUAACAUACCAUCCCUCAUACCAGAAGAUUCAGCAGAAAGUCAAACGAGUAAAACUUUCACGGGGGAAAUAAGUGAUAAGGGGAGAAAAGAUAAAGAUGGGAGGAGUGGUGCAACUAGUAUGGCACAAACAGGUGGGACGGGUGUCAGCGGGCCUGCACAUCCGUUUUUAGAUGAUAGAGCUGGACCUGGGGGAGUGGAAAGGAGUAGAGAUAAAGAGAUCUUUCUAAUUAGAAGGGCAAGUGACUAUGUGGAAACUGGACAAGGAAGGAGUUAUGGAUAUGGAUAUGGAUAUGGAUAUGCGGGGAGUUGGAUAGGUAGUCCAGGAGGCGGAAGUGGAGGAGGGGAUGCAGGAUGGGGAGCCGCGGGCUUAGGACUUGAUACUAAGAGGUAUAUUGAGGGGUUGUUGAGUUUGAAUCGAUAG